AUGGCGCCACAAGCUGCCGGUACCGGUACCAAGUCGUCCUUGUGGUGUAAAGGCUCGUCAGCGGCGGAGUGUCUGGCGGUGGCCGGCGGGGAGUACUCGGAGAUGACGUGGAUGAGUACGGAUAGCCAGCAGCGGCGCGUGUUGGGGACGAGGGGGACGACUUACAUAAGCUACGGUGCACUGCGGAGCAACUCGGUGCCGUGCUCCCGCCGGGGUGCUUCCUACUACAACUGCCUCCCCGGCGCCGAAGCUAACCCUUACACCCGCGGCUGCACCGCCAUCACUCGUUGCCGGAGCUGA